AUGCCGGAUUCAUUAAAGAAUUUUAAUGACAAGACCCAAGAAAGUAUCGUCCAAUGGUUUAACAUUGUAAAAACGAAUUGCAGUGUCUUUGAGAUGGAUGAGAUAGAUGAUUAUUAUAUUGAUCCAAUGUUAUUAAUUGUCGAGUGGAACGAUAAUGGACUCAGACAGCGAAAUAUUAAUAAAAAUACCAUAACUACUGUUAUUCGAAGGUUUCCUGGUAUUCGACCGAUUUCAGAUGUUCUCGCGACUGGUGGAGGAAUUAUCGCUAGCAAUCCAUCUGAAUCAAUUUUUUGUGUUUUUGAUGCUCCUCCUGCAGAGAAUCAACAGAUUACUCAAGGUCUCAUUGCCCAUCUUAGGCAAACUUAUUACCAAGCGAAUCAAACUUCAUUGGGAAGAGUCUUUGACAUAAAGGCUACAGUAAAAGGUAAAUUUGAGAUUAGGGAACACUAUCAAGCAUUUUAG